UUCGUACAGUGCGCUUCGGUAUUCUUCCUUAUUAUGCAUACACAAUACAAGAAUUUUUUGCCAAAAAAUUAGCUUCGACGAGUGACGAAAGAUAAAAUCUACCCGGAAAAAUAGAAAAUUACCGAUUAUAAAAAUUUUUAGAAUAUGGUUUCAUUUUUGUUUUUGACCACGAUAUAUAGACAAAUCGAUGCUAAUGUGAUUUACUUCGUGCACUUGGAGUGUUGUUUUGUAUUAUAUAUUAUUUGGGUAUUAGUAUCGAACAACUUACAUAAUGUGAGUAAUGUGGCCUGGUUUGUAAAUGCCGGAUUGUCAUCUUGGUUAAAAAAAACGACAAAAGACUGGAGGUAUUAUGUGACAGUAAUGGGUGGGUCAAAUCCCAAUCGGUAACAAAGAAAUUGAAAAUUUUGAAUUAAUGUUUCUAUACAAAUAUAAUAUAUACUAAAAUAAAAAUAAACUAAUGAGCAGGGAAAAAUACGCUCGGAAAAUCUUAGCCUACAAGAAGUUUUUUGUGGAACAACAAGAACACUAUCGUUGCACUUAUAUAAUUCAUUAAGUUCAGAAUUUUGAAAAAUUGAAGCAACCACACAUUUGUAAAAGUAUUAUUCCCGGAGAAGUGCUGAUUGACGGAUAAUUGUUGUUAGGGAUCAAAUGACAGAAACGAGCUUCAAGUACUCGUGCUUCUGAAACUGCAUUAUACAAAUAAUAAAGUACAAAGAAAUAUGGAUGUCAUUCGAUAUGAAAGUGUUAUUGUGCAACACUUUUCUAAAAACUCGCUUUCUAUGGCAACACAUUGGAAGUCUUCUCAUAGGUGACUUGGAAUUGACAUGCCUCAAAUACAUCUUCCGAAUUGGAUUAAUGACGAAUCAUGUGAAUAUAUAUGUCGGAGAGAUUUCGUUCUGCUCCAUAAGCAUAAAACUGAACGAACAAUACCAUUUUUACCAACGUAUCGAAAAAAAACAGCGUAUUGCUGUAGUCUUCAUAUACUGUUUGUUGUAAUAUUUACGUGGCUUAUUGUCUUACCGAAUGAUGCUAUAGGUCGGCAAACUUCUGGUGAACAUCAUCAUCACUUAUGUUCUGGUUGUCCCCAUCAACACAUACUAACUAUUCAGCGAAAAGAAUCACGAUCAAGUAACGACGAUUUAAGAUUAGAAGCUAUAAGACAUCAAAUACUAACAAAACUUGGUUUACGGAACCGACCAGAUAUCAAUCGAACUCUCACACAGAUUCCACGAUAUCUCGCUCUCGAGACAUUAUAUCGAGCCGAAACACCGUCAACGAUACGUAACAUCAAUCAAAAUCAUCAUGAGUCUGGUUAUAGUGAUUACUACUUUUCAUAUCCAUAUCGACAAGUUGAUGAUAUUCCAAACGUUACUUUCGAUAAUAUACAAUCUUCUACGAGUCACAACUCUAAAACAAAUCAAGACAUAGAAAUUGAUGAUUUUUAUGCAAGAACAUCAGAAAUCAUAUCGUUUGCAGAAGCAGGGAAAACUCUGAAUGGGCAACCAUUAUUAGAAUUUCCGAUUUCGAAUAAUGGGGCGAUACUUCAACCUAUCAAAGUCAAGAAAGCAAUACUUUGGGGAAAGGUCGAGCGUAAAUAUUCAUAUCAUUAUCAACGUCAUCCACGACAACGAAUACAAAAAAAUAUUACUUUGUGGGUGUUCAGAGUUAGAUGUGAAAAUGUAACACAUUUGAGAGGCAAAGAACUUGACAAACACUUGGAGAUGAUUACUUCACUAUCCGUUAACGGAAAUCGACUUGGCUGGCAACGAUUCGAUGUCACUACAUUUGUUAACAGUUGGUACAUGUUACAAGAAGAAUCACGUAGCCGACUAACAUUACUAAUCGAUUGUACAGGUUGUGCGUCAAAUAUUUAUGUUUAUACGUUCGGUAAGAAGUCGCACAUCAAGAAAUCAUCUGUAAAUAUAAAAAGUGCCAUUCAAGAUCAAAACAGACCAUUCCUUGUUGUACGCUUAGAUUCAAGUGGCAUCAAACGAGUAAAAAGAACAGCAAUAGAUUGUAAUGCUGCCGAUAAAGGCCUUUGCUGUAAAGAAAAAUUCUAUGUCAGUUUUGCGAAAUUAGGAUGGGAUGAUUGGAUAAUUGCACCUCAAGGGUAUUAUGCAAACUACUGCAGAGGUGAAUGUACGAUUGGCUAUCGAACUCCAGACACGUUUCUCAAUUAUUAUACGCAUGUGAUGGAUGAGUAUAAAAAAAUUGACAAACUGGCUGGCAUGCAGCCUUGCUGCGCUCCGGUAAAGUUCUCUUCGAUGUCUCUGAUUUACUACGGACCGGAUUCGAAUAUAAUCAAACGAGAUCUCCCAAAAAUGGUUGUAGAUGAAUGUGGGUGUCCGUAAUUGUCAGUUCUCGAUAGGAAACUCGAAUUUACAUUCAGUUCCAUAUAGAUGAUGAGAUAUCUGGAAUUGAACUUUGAAUAUUGUAAAAAAAAUUCCUUCACCGAGCAAAAAUCCAUCAAAAUAACAUUGUAUUAAAACUAUUGGAAAUAAUAAGAAUCCGGUGUUCAUAACUAUAUAGAGUUAUCAAUUUUUGAAUAAUUAGAGUUUAUACGAACGAAAUGAAUAAUUACUGUUGAAGAAGGACCAGAUCUUACAUAUUAGAAAUGAAUAAACGGUACUUAAUCUAAACUGUAACUAAAGUUCACUGAAAAUUUCUUCCAGUUCUUUGAAGCAAUUAAACAUUAGAGAAUGAAACACUACAAUGCUCAAAGUCUUAUAGUCUCUGAACUAUUUUCUUUUUCAAAAACAAGUGAAUUAUUUUAUUACUAUGGUUAUAAUUAAAAUUUUUCUACCUUUCACGUAGGAAAAAGAUAAGGAUUCCAAGUGCUUUUGAACAAAAUGCUUUCCUGAAACAAAAAGAAAAGAAAUGGGACAGGAAAAGUUAUUUGCUUAAAAAGAUAUAUAUAAUUCAUAUACUAGGUUAUUUCUUUUAAUAACAAUUCAUUCGAAUAAAAAUUCUAACUAACCCUCUAUUCCGGCUUUUUUAAAGUGAAUCAAAUAAAAGUAAAUUAAGUGACUGAUCAAUUUCUUGCAUAAAACUAAAUUGCUGAUAAACGUAUACCAUAAAUAUAUUUUAACAGAGUCAGUACAAGAAAAAAACAAAAAUGCACAAUUUAUUAACACUUUAGCAUGAUGUAUAUAUAUUCAUAUAUGUACGUUUAUAUAUAUAUAUAUAUAAUACUUAUAAUACUUAAAAAAAAAUAUAAGACAAAGUUCCUACAUUUCUGAUAAAUGAGUCUGUGGAUCUGUUAAAAUAGUAACAGAAGUUUAUUCGAACUAUUGAUAAAACAGUGUAAAUAGAGCCAUAGUUGCCUCCUUUCUUUUCUUUGUAGUUUGGUAAAUCACUAUUGUGUCUUUCCUAACGGGACGAUAAUAUCAUUAUGUUUCAAGCAUCAUCAGGUGCUCAAUCUUUAACGGUUUUUGCUUGAAAUUAAGCGAACACUUUUUCUAGUUCAAAAUAUCUAUUUGAAAACUUGUCAUAAACUACUUACGGGUUUUUUCUCAAUAAAUUGAAAAUUGAAAGAUAACUGAAAAAUCCUUUCAUGGAUAAAAAAUAAACUAAUAAAUUUUAUAACUAUAAUUCACCAAUAAACUGGAAUAGAAUACAACGUUCAAAUUGAAUAAGUUUUUUGUUUAUUCAAAAUUUAUUAUAUACCAUUGUCUAUCCUACAAAAGUCGAUCAUGAAUAGUGUGUACUUAUUUAAUCGAAUUAAUAUAGUAUAUAAGUUUUCUACGUACGCUAAUUUUCAUGAAAGAAGUAUUCAGACUUAACGUCAUUACUCAUGUUAUUUAACAUUAGAUCGUUCUAUUAUAGAAUGUUAAUCCAACAUUGUUUUCAUUGUCCGAUUCCAACCCUUAAAGUUUAGUGAUUGCUAGAACAAAACAAAAUUGCUUACUUUUUUGUAUCAUAUAUCAUAUGUUUAUGGUCAUAUAUAUUUCUAAUUUGACGCUUACUAUUCUAUCAUCUAUUAACUCUAUAAAGUUUUUCAUCCAUGAAUCGAAGAUUAUGUUUUGUUUUUAUCGGUUACAAUGUAUGAAAAAUGAAAUGUUAAUCACUGUACAAAACUAAAGUUUAUAAAAAAAAAUUUAUGUUACAAGGGCAGUGGGAGUAAUGUGUGAAUUUCCAAAGCGUAAGAGGGGUAGUGCGUUUUUUGGAAAUUCACACAUUAUUACCAUUGUCCCUAGUAACAUAAAAUAUAGUUCGUUACAUGUGCCCAAUCAGAGAGCCCAAUCAGAGUUCUUUUUAUUUGAUUUUUAAGUUUUACGAUCUUUUUAAUCUAUUCGUAUCAUUUGAAAAUUAUGUGAAAAGAACCCUGUGAGCAAUUAUUUUUAAUCGUAUUAUUCGAAAAUCAGGUGAAAAGUAAUUGCUCACAGCGUUCUUUUAUUCGUAUCAUUUGAAAAUUAUGUGAAAAAAACACUGUGAGCAAUGAGUUUUAAUCGUAUCGUUCGAAAAUCAGGUUCAAAAUUCGUUGAGAGCACACUCUCUGAGUGGGCACUUGUAACGAAAUAUACUAUUUUGUAUUUCUUCAGUUCAUUAAUGAAACGUGAGUUUAAGGCUCAGGCGGUAGUGAGCUUAGCAGUAACCUCAAAAGUCGAAGAUAUAAUUCAACUGGUAUUUGAUUUAAAUUCGAGCCUUCGAAUAAAGGAACGCUUACAUGAAGUUAUAUCUCAGAAACCAAAGAAAUUAAUUGAAAAGGAAAACCUUUCUAAUCCGUUUUUCAGAUUUAAUUCAAUAUAAACUAAUGAGUUCAUAAAUUUUUUACAGGUGUUCAAUUACAAUGAUAAUUAUUCGUUUGAUAGUCACAAUUGCAAGUUCCCUCGUAUUCUGAAUGAAAAAUAAUAAUUCAAAUAAUACACAAAAAAAAACAAAAUUGAAAUAAUGAUGGAUAAUGAAAAAUCAACGAAAUUUUUUUUUCAAUUUUCGUAAGAUUAAAUUUGAUCUUAUAGAAUAGGUUGAAUGUAGAAACUCUAUUAGAAUGAAAAGACACUUUCACAAAAGGUUUUAAUUACAAUCUUUUUAAAGGUAAUUUUUCAAGUAAUUAUACAAUAUUACAUACAAUAAAAGAUUAAAAUAAAUUUUUCCUAAAUUUUCUUCGAUAUAAAUAUUUUAAUAAAUGAAUAAACUAAUUUUUUUAUUUUCAUUAUAUUUAUUUGUAAUAAUUUGAACACAUUCGUGUUUAUUAAUAUUUCAGUACAUGAAUUUUAUUAUAUCAAGUCAUUAAUUUCUAAAUAAAAACUUUGGUAUCAUAGGGAGAAUAAAAUCGUAGUCGUAUAUAUAAUCGCGUCGUGGUUAAGUCGGUAAAGCGUCGGAAUUAGAAUGAGUAGAUUUAGGUAGCGUUGUGUCAGCACCCGUAUUCACGGGGCAAAAUUGUUCUCAUUAGGGCUUUUUUUUCCGCUGAUGGCGCUUGACAAAAUUUUUUUUAUAUAGAUUUCACAUAGAAAAGCUCCACAAACGCCACCAUCGGAAAAAAACGCCUUAAUGAGAACAUCCUCUGAAUACGGGUGCAGGAGUUCAAGUCACUUCUCAGGUCAAAUUUUCUGAUACAAAAAAAAAAAAAAAUUCAACCAACAAAGUUCAAAUAGUAA